AUGAGCUACCUCCGCCAGUCAGUUUUACACCCACCAAUGCCAUGGCCUCACCGGCUCGGAACUAUUAGGCUUCAGCCAGCUCGGACAAAGACUAUUCAGCGAUCUAUGGCUACCAGUGGACCGGAAAGGCAGCAGGCUGUUCCCCGAUGGUUAAUAGCCUCAUUUGGACUCGGCCUGCCGAUAUCCUUCUACUUUUGGCAAAGAGGUGGCAAACAGAAUCCCAAGACCAAUGUAGUUCGCGAAGAACAUAGGGAAUCAGCACGGGGAGCCAAUCAAGAGUAUACAGAGGACGAUGAUAAGCCUCGAGGAAUGGGCUCUGCGGGUGGUCCAAAGUCCAUGUCGUUCAAGCAGGAAGGUCUUUCGAAUGCCGACGCCAUGCAUCCAUAUGUCAAUGAGCCCGGAAAAAGCAAAAAGGGGGAGGGGGAGACUGAGACUGUGAAGGUAAAAGGUACUGUGAGAACCGAUAGACCGCAGGUAUAA